AUGGAAUCCUCUACUCAAUCCGAGUACGUGACUUUAGUCUCGUGCGAUGGCUUUGAAUUCAUUCUGCCCCGCAGUUCUGCUUGCGUUUCGGGUACAAUCCGGCGCAUGCUGGACCCUUCGAGCAAAUUUUCAGAAGCUAUCACCGGUCGUUGUGUACUUGAGAAUCUGAGCGGGGUCGUCCUUGAGAAAGUCUGCGAAUAUUUCCUUUACAACGAGAAGCACAAGGAUCAGGCCAAUGUGGCUGAUAUGGAUGUUCCUGCUGAGCUGUGCCUAGAGCUCCUGAUGGCAGCCGAUUACCUGGACACUUGA